CAAUUAAUAGCCGAACAAUCGACGAUCCCGUUCAGUUGUCACAAGGUCAGAACAAGUGUCAUGGCGUUAAGCGCGCCCACACUCUACGAGUACUACACGUCCGGGGGAAUAACCUCCGGACUGUCCACCAACCAGCCGUACUUCACCCUCAACGACAAAAACGUCACCCUGUACAGCGGCGCCUUGCACUACUUCCGGGUCCCGCGGCAGUACUGGAGAGACCGUCUGCGAAAACUGAAAGCCGCGGGUCUCAACACCGUCGAAACGUACGUACCGUGGAAUCUGCACGAACCGGAAAUCGGUACUUUCGAUUUCGGGAACGGUGGUUCCGACAUGGAGGAUUUUCUGCACGUGGAAGAGUUCGUGAAGAUGGCGCAGGAAGAGGAUCUUUUGGUUAUAGUACGACCGGGGCCUUAUAUUUGCGCGGAGUGGGAAUUCGGCGGGCUGCCGAGUUGGUUGUUACGAGAAAAAGACAUCAAAGUCAGAACGUCGGACGACAACUUCAUGAAGCACGUGUCGAGGUACUUUGGAGUACUGUUACCGAUUUUGGCCGCUCUACAAUUUACUAACGGAGGUGCGAUCGUGGGGUUCCAGGUGGAAAACGAAUAUGGUAGUACCGAGUGGAAGAAAGACAACGAGUCGUUCGUGCCGGACAAGGUUUAUUUAGAACAAUUGCGUACCCUGAUGGUACGGAAUGGUAUCAAGGAGUUGUUGUUCACUUCGGAUAAUCCGAGUCAGCACGGAGACGUUGGUACUUUGCACGAUAUUUUCCAAACGGCGAAUUUUGCGCGAAACCCUAAGAAAGAAUUUGAUAGUUUGAAGAAGUUGCAAGCGAACAAACCCACAAUGGCUAUGGAGUACUGGACGGGGUGGUUUGACCACUGGUCGGAAAAUCACUCCAAGAGGGAUAAUGUAGAGUUUCGACAAGUGUUGAAUGACAUCCUCAGGUAUCCCGCUUCGUUUAACAUGUACAUGUUCCACGGUGGUACCAACUGGGGGUUUUUGAACGGGGCGAACUUGCAAAACGGGAAGUACCAGCCGGAUACCACAAGCUACGACUACGACGCACCGUUGACGGAAAAUGGCGACUACACCGAGAAGUACCACAUCGUCAAGAAUUUAAUCGCGAAGUACAACAAAGUUAUAACUAAAGUACCACCACCGCCGAAGGAAACUCCAAGAAUUAGGUACCCCGACAUCGAAAUUAAGCAGCAACUACAAUUCAGUACUAUCGUGGAACAGCUGCCACAAGUUUUCCAAAGUACUGACGUAGUACCAAUGGAAUUGCUCCCGAUUAAUAACGAUUCUGGGCAGAGUUAUGGUUACACGAUUUAUCGAACCACAGCGGACAUCCCUCCGAACAGCGUUCUAAAAAUGAAAGGGUACGUUCACGACAGUGUGUUGGUACUAGUGGAUGGAAAAUUAGUCUCACGCGCGUUACGAAACAGCGACGACAUCAAUAAAUUCGGGUAUUGGAGGCUAAAAGAUGGUACUUUAACCCUACCAGAGGGAAAAAAUUCCACUAUUGACUUAAUUGUGGAAAACUGGGGGCGCAACAAUUUCGGGAAACUCGAAGACUUCAAACAGUUCAAAGGACUAACCUCGGACGUCUUUUUGAACACCCACGUACUCAAAAACUGGGAAAUACGACCACUCGAAUUUAAAACAAAGUGGACUAAAUCUUUGCACGGAUGGUACGACUUCAGUACCACCAACCUCACUCUAAACAAAGCCAAUUUGGAAGUGGACCAACCCAUGGAUACUUACCUCGACAUGUCCCAGUGGAACACGGGAAUCGUUACCAUCAAUGGGUUUGUUCUGGGUCGCUACAUGCACCUGGGACCCCAACAAACCCUCUACCUUCCGGCUCCCCUUUUGAAACCGGGAACAAACGAAAUAAUCAUCUUUGAGCACUUCACCCCAGCCACUCAUGUCAAAUUUUCACAAAAUCCAAUAUAUUUAAAAAAAUAGUAUACAAUAAAUUGUUUUAGACGA